AUGCCUUUCCCCUUUCUUGUAGAUGGAAGCCCUUACACGUGGUGGGUUGGCAAAGCUAACGAGAAGCACUACUACUGGGGAGGCUCCGGGCCCGGAAUUCAAAAAUGCGCCUGUGGCAUUGAACGCAACUGCACAGAUCCCAAGUACUACUGCAACUGUGAUGCGGACUACAAGCAGUGGAGGAAGGACGCUGGCUUCUUGUCCUACAAAGAUCACCUGCCUGUGAGCCAAGUGGUGGUUGGAGACACUGACCGACAAGGUUCAGAAGCCAAACUGAGCGUGGGUCCUCUGCGCUGCCAAGGAGACAGGAAUUACUGGAAUGCUGCCUCUUUCCCAAACCCUUCAUCCUACCUGCACUUCUCUACUUUCCAAGGGGAAACCAGCGCGGACAUUUCUUUCUACUUCAAGACAUUAACCCCCCGGGGAGUGUUUCUUGAAAAUAUGGGAAACAAAGAUUUCAUCAAGCUCGAGCUGAAAUCUGCCACAGAAGUGUCGUUUUCGUUUGAUGUCGGAAACGGGCCAGUGGAGAUUGUGGUGAGGUCUCCCUCCCCUCUCAAUGAUGACCAGUGGCACCGGGUCACUGCAGAGAGAAAUGUCAAACAGGCCAGUCUACAGGUGGAUCGGCUGCCCCAGCAAAUCCGAAAGGCCCCAACAGAAGGUCACACCCGCCUGGAACUCUACAGCCAGUUGUUUGUUGGUGGCGCUGGGGGUCAGCUGGGCUUCCUGGGUUGCAUCCGCUCCUUGAGGAUGAAUGGGGUGACACUUGACCUGGAGGAAAGAGCAAAGGUCACAUCCGGGUUCAUAUCUGGAUGCUCAGGCCACUGCACCAGCUAUGGAAUGAACUGUGAAAAUGGAGGCACGUGCUUGGAAAAAUACCAUGGUUAUUCCUGUGAUUGCUCUAAUACAGCCUAUGAUGGAACAUUUUGCAACAAAGAUGUUGGUGCAUUUUUUGAAGAGGGGAUGUGGCUGCGGUAUAACUUCCAGGCACCAGGGAUCAAUGCCAAAGACUCUAAUAGCAGAACAGAGAAUUCUGCCGACCUUCAGAACAUCCCUCCCGAUCUGACCCAAGAAGAGAUUCGUUUCAGCUUCAGCACCACCAAGGCACCCUGCAUUCUCCUCUACGUCAGCUCUCUCACCACAGACUUCUUGGCAGUUCUCGUCAAACCCACCGGAAGCUUACAGAUUCGGUACAACUUGGGUGGCACCCGAGAACCAUACAAUAUUGACGUCGACCACAGGAACAUGGCCAAUGGACAACCACACAGUGUUAACAUCACCCGCCAGGAGAAGACCAUAAUUCUCAAGCUGGAUCAUUAUCCUUCUGUGACUUACCAUCUGCCAAGCUCAUCUGACACUCUCUUCAACUCUCCCAAGUCGCUCUUCCUGGGAAAAGUUAUAGAAACAGGGAAGAUUGACCAAGAGAUUCACAAAUACAACACCCCAGGAUUCACUGGUUGUCUCUCCAGAGUCCAGUUCAACCAGAUCGCCCCUCUCAAGGCAGCCUUGAGGCAGACAAACACCUCGGCUCACGUCCACGUCCAGGGGGAGCUGGUAGAAUCCAACUGCGGGGCCUCGCCACUGACACUCUCCCCCAUGUCGUCGGCCACCGACCCCUGGCACCUGGAUCACUUGGAUUCAGCCAGUGCAGAUUUUCCAUAUAAUCCAGGACAAGGCCAAGCUAUAAGAAAUGGAGUCAACAGAAACUCGGCUAUCAUUGGAGGGGUCAUUGCUGUGGUGAUUUUCACCAUCCUCUGCACCUUGGUCUUCCUCAUUCGCUACAUGUUCCGUCACAAGGGCACCUACCACACCAACGAAGCAAAGGGAGCAGAGUCAGCAGAGAGCGCGGAUGCUGCCAUUAUGAACAACGACCCCAAUUUCACAGAGACCAUUGAUGAAAGCAAAAAGGAAUGGCUCAUUUGAGGGGUGGCAAUUUGGCUAUGGGAUAGGGAGGAGGGAAUUAUUAGGGCGGAGGGAAAGGGACAAAAACACCUUGCUUCAUACACUUGAGCACAUUCUUAAAAUAUCAGCACAAAGUUGGGGGAGGCAAACAAUGGAAUAUUCUUGAGACUGAUCACCACACAAAAAAAAUACUUUUUAAUAUUUCUUUAUAGCUGAGUUUCCCCUUCUGUAUCAAAACAAAAGAAUACAAAAAAUGCUUUUAGAGUUUAAGCAAUGGUUGAAAUUUGUAGGUACUAUCUGUCUUAUUUUGUGUGUGUUUAGAAGUGUUCUAAAAACCCGUGGUAACAGGGCAAGUUUUCUACAUUUUUGAGAGCCCUUAGAAUGUGGAUAUUUUUUCUUGAGAAAAGCUGAUGCACAUACAUAUGGCCCCCAACCUUCUCUUCCUUUUGCUUAUAGUCAACUUUUAAUGGACUGUUGUAGUAACUAGUUCGUGUUCAUAUAAUAUUUCUUUUGAUAUCCUAUAAAUUGGAAAGGGAAAGAAAGGGGCAAAGAGAACCUAUAAUUUGCCAGUUCUCUGAGGGUUCCUGGCUGACACCAGCAGCUGAAGAAAGAGCGUAUGGCACCUGUUGUAUCACAACACAGUCAACACAACUGGAGAGAAGCUGUAAAGAACCAAGGAGAGUAGUUUAUAUGGGGGUUGUUGAUUUUAACUUUCACUGAAUUUCACAAGAUAACAUUGUUCCGUGAUUAUAGUCUUAGACCUAUUCAGUAUCUGUAAUUAUCCACUGCAACACCAUGGUGACCAGCUGUUACAAAAGAUUUUUCCUGUAUGACCUGAAACGCAUUGGAUUGAUGUGUGUAUAAGCGCCUCAAUGGGGAAUUAGAGCCAGAUGUUAUGAUUUGUUUGCUCUGUGUCUUUUAUAGUUGUAGCAAAAGUAUGAACAAUUUCUAGUGAAUGCGUAAAUCAGGUUUCUCUUCUUAUUUUGCUUUAGAUCUCCAGAUUUUACACCCCUGUGGCAAAAUUCUAGCAUACAGUGUCUUCUGAACGGACACAACACAAUAAAGCCAAGUUAUUAUUGU